AUCGAUUUCUCGGAAAAGGUGCCUAGAGGCAUCUACGUAGCUAGAUAUUUAUCUAUGAAGGCAACCUUAAACAGGCCGAGAUCGCCCGAACAAAGGUCUGCCUUGCCUGCCUAGGACGCCCCAUUCGGUAGAUGAGGCUCAAUCCUUCCAUAUAUAUUGACCCCAAAUUUAUUCCCCGGAGUUUUAGGUAUGAGGCUGUGUCCAAAUUCAAAUUCCUCCUAUUCCUUCACUUUUCAAUUUCCACAUUAGCUGCAGCCAUGGCCACAUUUACAGUUGAACCUGUGUAUAAAGGUCCCGGAAACAUUAUUAAGCCGGCUCAAUUUUUGAUUGACAAGGACCUCACCAUCCGCGGUCUGAAGGAAAAGAUCAUCCACAGCUUUGAACUGCAGCAUCCAACCAAGAUUCUGAUUCAUGGCCUACUUGAAAAGGUGCCCGAGAAUGCGCUUGCGUUGAACCAUAUUUCCGGGGGAAAGAUUCGUUUCGUGGCAAGCAAUGAUGAACAUGCAAAUGAGGAAGAGGCGCCGAAGGGGCCAAAAACGCAGCAAAUGCAUAAACUCUUCGUGGGUAAAAACAAGACGUACAAGAAUGGGAAGCAAGUAAACCUUAUCCAAGGUCAAGUCGAAUCUGAGAGAGCCGUGGAUGCGAAUGCCUCCGAGAAUGAGGCACACGAUGAUUCGAUUCAGAAGAAUGUCAUAUCCUUUCUACCAGUAGCUAUCUCCCUCGACUUUUGAAUAUGGAUGUGAUUGGGAGAAUGCCUUGCACGAGGCUUUGGUGGGCUUACGUUAUUACCUAACUUAGAAAUUAGAUACAUACAAGGAGCCCUACCUAAGAGAGAGUUAGUCCAAUGAAAUUAUAUCUGUUCAGUAUACUAGGAUCUGAGUCAUUGCCGAG